UAUCAUCGUUAGGUUCGGCGUCAGAUGGAGCUAGAGCACCAAGCGCCGCUACGUUCAGCAAUGAGCAUUUACCUCAAUGGCCGCACGCUAAGCUGUCUGGUGUGUCCAAAGUCCAGUGCAUCGUGUGCCGCACUAACGCAUCCUUUACAACGGAUAAUUUCGUACGACGAGCUUCUGGCAAAGUACGCCCGUAAGGCGAACCGUGACCAGUACGACGCCCCGGAUAUCUACACCUGUCCACACUGUGGCCACGAUCGUCUUACUAUCGAGGCACUAUAUGGCCACUUUUGCUCCGUUCACCAGCAAACCGCUGAAGGGCCAGAGGAGUCGGCCGAUGUUCGCUGCCCCGUUUGCGUGUGCUUUCGUUUGGAUGGAGGCGCAUCCUUCGUAGCAAACGGUGAAGGGCUCGGCGGACAUCUAGUAGCCCGGCACUGCUUCACGACCGAUCGUCAGUACAGUGACGAACGCGAUCUGCGCUUCCAGUUCUGUCGGGACAAUGAAUUCGAGUUUCUCCGAUUUUUGGCCAUUUUUCUGUCACCGGGCACGUUACCUUCGGAAUGCCAAACAAAUGGAAACCCUACCAACAUCAAAGAGGUAACGUUGGUGUGCCCCAUCUGUUUGGAGCUAAUCGAUGAUAAUCGUAGCAAACGUUUGCCACCGUGCAGUCACCAGUUUCACGGCGAGUGUAUCGAUCGAUGGUUGGUGGAGAAACGCUGCUGUCCGGUUUGCCGAUCGGAAUAUGCCGCAGAAUCGUCCUAGCGGCGCUCUCCUAAUCACCAGAUGCUACGUAAAGUAAUUCGCGACGAUCUCGUUGUCGUGUUCGGGCCGAAAACGGUU